AACAUUUAAAUACAUAUUUCAGCAAACUAAUUGACAGUUUUAUUGACAAAAAGGUUCUAUUGUGAACUAAUUAAAACAACAGAUAGAUUAUCGCGUAAAAGGUGACAAUGAGGAAGUGUAUUAGGUACCCAGGAGAUAAAAUACAUUAUAGUGUAGGUAAAACGACAUGUGGAUGUUGGCAUUGGUUUCAGCAGAUGGAAUGUACUUAUUUGUGUUCUUAAUGUUAACACAAUAACAACAAACCGCAUCAUGACAUCUGUUAGUUUGUUUACAAAUGAAUUCUUCGAGACUUCAUCCCUUACAACAGAAAGAUUAUUAGACAACAGACCUACAGUGAGUGACAACAGUACCUUGGAUUUGUCUACUAAUGCUACCUAUUCAAAGUCAGAUGAUGAAACUUCUACCAUUGAAAAUGUAACAAAAUGGAUAUGGAUAAUAGGUUCACCGAUAGUGUUCAUUCUUGGAAUAUUUGGAAAUUUUGGAAUAAUAUUAGUUUUAUAUCGAAUGAAUAGAUGGAAGAAAUUGACUUACAAGUUAAUUUUGAUAUUAGCCAUAUCCGAUUCGGUUGUACUAUUUAUUGGACUUGGACGACAAUGGCUUCGUUUUGCAAUAGGUCUGGAUAUUAGACUGUUUUCAGAUUUCAGUUGCAAAUUUUUUGUCUUUCUCAUAUAUUUUUCAAUGCAUUUUUCGUCAUGGACUUUAGUUUGCGUUACGUUUGAAAGAUACCUGAAAACAAGACAUCCAUUUCGAACAUAUUGUGUAAAUGUUUCGAAAAUUUUGAAGAUUACUUAUGUGUUUACUAUUGUCAUAACAUUGGGGCUUGACUCUCACCUUCUUGUAACGAAUGGACUUAAAAUCAACACAAAGAACAGUCUAACUUGUAACAAUACGUCAACAGAAAACUUCAAUUUUGAAGAACAUUACUUUGUUUUUAUAGACUUAGCAUGGGUAUGCUUCUUUCCUUUUGUUUUAAUGACGUUUAUGAAUGUGUUUGUAGGCAGAACAAUUAGAAGAUCAUUCCGACGUACAGUGAGAUACAUGCCAGAUCCACAAAAUCGUGAACGUCACGUGAUUCGAAAUAAAAAGUUAACACGCAUGAUAUUUUGGACAAGUGUAUAUUUCCUUCUUACAACAUUACCCAUAUCUGUGCAUUUUUGUGUGGAUUCAUUUCUAAAACUAGGUUCGACAAAAGAAACAACUGACAAAAUUAACCUGUCUGAAGCAAUUCUUUAUCUGUUCCAGUUUACAAAUUACUCUGUUAAUUUUUAUAUAUACUUUAAAUUCAAAGAUGCCUUUAGAGAAUACCUUCCCUGUAAAAGAAGAUCAAGAUUUUCAAUAGAAAGACAAUCUCACUCAGUUUCCAGAGGCAGAGGAGAUACAACACUAACCAAUGUCGAUAAUUCAGUUGGAAACGGUUCGGUGCAUGAAUUAAAGGAAAAUGUCAACCGUACAAUAGAUGAAACUCAGCUUUCUGAAGAUAAUGAAGGUAUGCAGAAAAUCUUCAUCGCCCUGACGGUUCUUAUAUCUAUCUCUCAGGUGGAAGGAUGGUUCUUCAGAAGGGUUAGAGUUACUGGAGACACAAGAAACUGUUUUUGUAAAAUUUAUGAUGCAGAUACAAAUACAAAACUUCAUGAUUUUGGAUCAAUUCAAAGUUGUUUUGGCUGGCCUACGUGUGCUUGUCGACGACACGAAAUGGUUACAUGCGGUGAUAAGUGUGAUCAAAGAGUUGCCGGAUGGUUGAAAUAUAAUAAAUCAAAAUGCCAGGGUCGAACUAUCAAGAAGCACUAUCAGGCAAGCACUUGUGGAUCACCUACAUAUGGUCAUGAAAGACGAGUGUGUUAAGACUACAGUACAACAUUAAACACGUUUUAGAUUACAGAAUAUUCAUACAAUUUAGAAUUAAACUGACUAUUCUAAAA